CCGCCGCCGGCGAGGGAGACCGAGUCCCGCACGCCCGACAUGCGCCUGGGCUAGCGGCUCCCGGGCCUGAGAGCAGCACACGUCCUCCUCUCGUUAUUCUCUCUCUUCUCUCUUCUCUCUCCGACCCCUCCCUCCCCAACACACCAGUCUGUGCACUGGAGGAGGAAACCUUUCCUUGGUGCCCCCUCCCUCCGCACUCCAGGCAGCCGAGAAGCCGCGCCGUGGGGGCCCCCGGACCGUCUGGAAAUGCGAAUCCUAAAGCGCUUCCUCGCUUGUAUUCAGCUGCUCUGUGUUUGCCGCCUGGACUGGACUAAUGGAUACUACAGACAACAGAGAAAACUUGUUGAAGAGAUUGGCUGGUCCUAUACAGGAGCACUGAAUCAAAAAAACUGGGGAAAGAAAUAUCCAACAUGCAAUAGCCCCAAACAGUCUCCUAUCAAUAUUGAUGAAGAUCUUACACAAGUAAAUGUGAAUCUCAAGAAACUUAAAUUUCAGGGUUGGGAUAAGACCUCUUUGGAAAACACAUUCAUUCAUAACACUGGAAAAACAGUGGAAAUUAAUCUCACUAAUGACUACCGUCUCAGUGGAGGAGUUUCAGAAAUUGUAUUCAAAGCAAGCAAGAUAACGUUUCACUGGGGAAAAUGCAAUAUGUCUUCUGAUGGAUCAGAGCACAGUUUAGAAGGACAAAAAUUUCCACUUGAGAUGCAGAUCUACUGCUUUGAUGCCGACCGAUUUUCAAGUUUUGAAGAAGCGGUUAAAGGAAAAGGGAAGUUAAGAGCUUUAUCCAUUUUAUUCGAGGUUGGAAUGGAAGAAAAUUUGGAUUACAAAGCAAUUAUUGAUGGAGUUGAGAGUGUUAGUCGUUUUGGGAAACAGGCUGCAUUGGAUCCGUUCACAUUGCUGAACCUUCUGCCAAACUCAACCGACAAGUAUUACACGUACAAUGGCUCGCUGACUUCCCCUCCCUGCACAGACACCGUGGACUGGAUUGUUUUUAAGGAUACAGUUAGCAUCUCUGAAAGCCAGUUGGCUGUUUUCUGUGAAGUUCUUACAAUGCAACAAUCUGGUUAUGUCAUGCUGAUGGACUACUUACAAAAUAAUUUUCGAGAACAGCAAUACAAGUUCUCCAGGCAGGUGUUUUCCUCAUAUACCGGAAAGGAAGAGAUUCAUGAAGCAGUUUGUAGUUCAGAACCAGAAAAUGUUCAAGCUGAUCCAGAGAAUUAUACCAGCCUCCUUGUCACAUGGGAGAGACCUCGAGUAGUUUAUGACACCAUGAUUGAGAAGUUUGCCGUUCUGUACCAGCAGCUAGAGGGAGAAGACCAGACCAAGCAUGAGUUUUUGACAGACGGCUACCAAGACUUGGGUGCCAUUCUUAAUAAUUUACUACCCAACAUGAGUUACGUUCUUCAGGUAGUAGCCAUAUGCACCAAUGGCUUAUAUGGAAAAUACAGUGACCAGCUGAUUGUCGACAUGCCUUCUGAUGACCCUGAACUUGACCUCUUUCCUGAAUUAAUUGGAACUGAAGAAAUAAUUAAGGAGGAAGAAGAGGGAAAGGGCAUUGAAGAAGACACUGUGGUCAAUCCCAGUAGAGACAGUGUCACAAACCAAAUAAGGAGAAAGGAGCCCCAGGUUCCUACCACAACAAACUACAACCGUGUAGGAACUAAAUACAAUGAGGCCAAGACUAACCGGUCCCCAGCGAGGGGAAGUGAAUUCUCUGCAGAGGGUGAGAGUCCCACCUCAUCUGUCGAUUCCACUUUCCAUCCAGUCACUGAAUCGGCUCCAGAAAAAGAAGUGCCUCUGACUUCACAGACCGUGACCCAGCUGCCACCUCUCACUCUGGGAGGCACUUCAGCCUCUUUGAGUCACGGCUCCAAAACUGUUCUCAGAUUUCCACAGAUGAACUUGUCUGGGACUGUGGAGUCUUUACCUACAGUUUCUAUAUCCGAAUCUCAAGAAGUGUCUACCGAUACCAUUGAGGAAGAGAGUUUAUUGACCAAUUUCAAGCUCGACACAGGAGCCGAUGAUUCUUCGGGCUCCAGUCCUGUGACGUCUGCUGUGCCAUUCAUUUCUGAGAACACAUCCCCUGGCUAUGCUCUUUCUUCAGAGAACCCAGAGGCUGUCACAUAUGAUGACUUUCUGCCAGAAACCACGAGAAAUGCUUUGGAAGACUCAGCCUCAUCAGGUUCAGAAGAAUCUCUAAAGGAUCCUUCCCUUGAUGGAAACGUGUGGUUUCCUCAUGCUACGGAUGUGACAGUACAGCCCGAUGUUGGAUCAGGUAGAGAGAGCUUUCUCCAGACCAACUACACUGAGAUAGAUAGUGACGAAUCUGAGAAAACAACGGAGUCCUCUUCUCCAGGCCCAGUGGUGUCACAGGGUCCCUCGGUCACAGAUUUGGAAAUGCCACAAUACUCUACCUUGGCGUACUUCCCAACCGAGGUAACCCCCCAUGCUUUUACUGCCUCCUCCGGACAACAUGAUUCGGUGCCCACCGCCCACGUGGUGCCCUCGCAGACAACUCAACCAGUAUACAAUGAGGCCAGUAAUAGUAGCCAUGAGUCUCGUAUUGGUCUAGCUGAGGGGUUGGAAUCGGAGAAGAAGGCAGUUAUACCCCUUGUGAUCGUGUCAGCCCUGACUUUUAUCUGUCUAGUGGUUCUUGUGGGUAUUCUCAUCUACUGGAGGAAAUGUUUCCAGACCGCACACUUUUAUUUAGAGGACAGUACGUCUCCUCGAGUAAUAUCCACACCUCCAACACCUAUCUUUCCAAUUUCAGAUGAUGUUGGAGCAAUUCCCAUAAAGCACUUUCCAAAGCAUGUUGCAGACUUACAUGCAAGUAGUGGGUUUACUGAAGAAUUUGAGACACUGAAAGAGUUUUACCAGGAGGUACAGAGCUGUACUGUUGAUUUAGGUAUCACAGCAGACAGCUCCAAUCACCCUGACAAUAAGCACAAGAACCGAUACAUAAAUAUUGUUGCCUAUGAUCAUAGUAGGGUUAAGCUUGCACAACUUGCUGAAAAAGAUGGCAAACUGACUGAUUACAUCAAUGCCAAUUAUGUUGAUGGCUACAACAGACCAAAAGCUUACAUUGCUGCCCAAGGCCCACUGAAAUCCACAGCCGAAGAUUUCUGGAGAAUGAUAUGGGAGCAUAAUGUGGAAAUUAUUGUCAUGAUAACAAACCUUGUGGAGAAAGGAAGGAGAAAAUGUGACCAGUAUUGGCCUGCUGAUGGGAGUGAAGAGUAUGGGAACUUUCUGGUCACUCAGAAGAGUGUUCAGAUGCUUGCUUAUUAUACUGUGAGGAGUUUUACUCUAAGAAACACCAAGAUCAAAAAGGGUUCCCAGAAAGGAAGACCCAGUGGGCGCGUGGUUACGCAGUACCACUACACUCAGUGGCCUGACAUGGGAGUGCCCGAGUACUCGCUGCCUGUGCUGACCUUUGUGAGAAAGGCAUCGCAUGCCAAGCGCCAUGCCGUAGGGCCUGUUGUUGUUCAUUGCAGUGCUGGGGUUGGAAGAACAGGCACAUAUAUUGUGCUGGACAGUAUGUUGCAGCAAAUUCAACACGAAGGAACUGUCAACAUAUUUGGCUUUUUAAAACACAUUCGGUCACAAAGAAAUUACUUGGUGCAAACUGAGGAACAGUAUGUUUUCAUUCACGAUGCACUGGUCGAGGCCAUCCUUAGCAAAGAAACCGAGGUCCCGGAGAGCCACAUCCACGCCUAUGUUAAUGGGCUCCUCAUUCCUGGACCAGCAGGCAAAACCAAGCUAGAGAAACAGUUCAAGCUCCUGAGUCAAUCAAAUAUACAGCAGAGUGACUAUUCAACAGCCCUAAAGCAGUGCAACAGGGAGAAGAACAGAACAUCUUCCAUCAUCCCUGUUGAAAGAUCCAGGGUGGGCCUUUCAUCCCUGAGUGGGGAAAGCACAGACUACAUCAAUGCCUCCUACAUCAUGGGUUAUUAUCAGAGCAAUGAAUUCAUCAUCACCCAGCAUCCUCUUCUCCAUACCAUCAAGGAUUUCUGGAGGAUGAUAUGGGACCAUAAUGCCCAGCUGGUUGUUAUGCUUCCAGAUGGUCAAAACAUGGCAGAAGAUGAAUUUGUUUACUGGCCAAAUAAAGAUGAGCCUAUAAAUUGUGAGAGUUUUAAGGUCACUCUUAUGUCUGAAGAACACAAAUGUCUGUCUAAUGAAGAAAAACUUAUAGUGCAAGAUUUUAUCUUAGAAGCUACACAGGAUGAUUAUGUACUUGAAGUGAGGCAUUUUCAAUGUCCCAAAUGGCCAAAUCCAGAUAGCCCCAUAAGUAAAACUUUUGAACUUAUAAGUAUUAUCAAAGAAGAAGCUGCCACCAGGGAUGGGCCCAUGAUUGUUCAUGAUGAGCAUGGAGGAGUGACAGCAGGAACUUUCUGUGCUCUGACAACCCUUAUGCACCAACUAGAAAAAGAAAAUUCCAUGGAUGUUUAUCAGGUAGCCAAGAUGAUCAAUUUGAUGAGGCCAGGAGUCUUUGCUGACAUUGAGCAGUAUCAGUUUCUCUACAAAGCCAUCCUCAGCCUUGUGAGCACGAGGCAGGAAGAGAACCCCUCCACCUCUCUGGACAGCAAUGGUGCAGCUUUGCCUGAUGGAAAUAUAGCUGAGAGCUUGGAGUCUUUAGUUUAACAUGGAAAGGGGUGAGGGGAGUCCACAUCUGAGUGUUGUUUUCCUCUUUCUAAUAUUAGACAGGAAAAUCAGUUCCUCUGUUAUCUGUUUACCUCCCAUCACCUGACAGUAACUUUCAUGACAUAGGAUUCUGCUGCCAAAUUUACAUCAUUAACAAUGUGUGCCUUUUUGCAAAACUUCUUAUAAUUCACUUAUUGUGUUGAAACUAAAAUGAUUGAAAUUUACAGUAUUUCUAAGAAUGAAAUUGUGGUAUCUUUUUUUCAUAUUGAUUUUAACAGAAAAUUUCAAUUUCUAGACAUUAGUAAUUCCCAACUACAGAAAACAUGUUUGUUUUUAGUGUCAAAUUUUUAGCUGCGUUUGUAGCAAUCAUCAGGUUUGCUAGAAAGGUAACUUUUAAUAUAGUAUCCUGUAAAUAAAAUACUGUGUUCCCUCUGAUAUUCAAAUUUUACAACUGCAGUAUUCAUCUAAAGUAGAAAUAAUCUGAUACUUACUGUAAAUACUGCUCUAGCAUCUCCAUGGACCAAAUUUAUAUUUAUAAUUGUAGAUUUUUAUAUUUUACUACUGAGUCAGUUUUCUAGUUCUGUGUAAUUGUUUAGUUUAAUGAUGCAGUUUGUUAUCUGGUCUUACUCUGCAAGUCUUCUGAUAUUGUUUUGUGUUAGUCAUUAACUCUGUUUCAGCAUGUAAUUAAUUUUAACUUUUAUGGAAAAUAAAAAUACAUUUGUUUUGAAAGAAGAUGAUGUUUUUUUAUGAGAAUAACACCUUACCCAACAUUGUUUAAAUGGUUUCUAUCCAAGGCAUUUCAAAAAUAAACAUUGCCAUCAAUUUUUGUUGCUUGUGGACCGCUGAGACAUGAAUAGUACAAAAUUGUGGAUAGGAGUUCCUAUUGUGGCUCAGUGAUAACGAACAC